AUGGCGGCCGCGUUGGCGUCGGCGGCUCGGGUGGCGCGAGCGCGGGUCGACACCCGCGCGGCGCUGAGUGAACCGUCGUCCUCGUCCGCGACCCCGCGCGGCGUCCGCGGGUCAUCGCGGGGGGCGUCGUCGACGGGUUCGAGGCGAGGAGGCGCGCGGGGCGGCGGUCGCGCUCCUCGUCCCCGAGGAGGGACGACGCGGGGCGGCGGUCGGGACUGGCCGUCGGUGACCCUGGGCGACGGAGCCGUGACGUUCGGUUCCCCCGACGACGCCAUGCGCUUCUUCAACCGUCUGCUGGAGACAUCCCCGGUGGACGAGGACUGGCCCGUCGCGGGGGAGACGCACGCCGUCUUGCUCGACGCGCUGGGGCGGCACCCCGACGCGCGAGACAAGAUGGGCGACGGCGUCGCGACGUUCAGGGUGUCGCUCCACCCGACGGAGGGGUACCGCUCCUUCGUGGCGACGCGCGUGGACGGAACCGCCGUCGACUUCAGCCUCCGCAAGUGCGUCGACGCCAUGUUCGGCGUGGACGCCAGGCAGAGGGGGGGAGAUCCCGCCUCAGCGCUCACCGCCACCAUAUCGCGAGCCGAAUCCGUCGCUAUGACGCUCGACCUCGUCGCGAGGCACGUGGACGAGUUCGACCGCAUACACGUCGCGGCCGCGAUGCACAGACUCGCGCGGUUGGCGCAGAGGGAUAACAAUAGCUCGGCGGGCGUGGUCCCGCGGGUGCGGUUCGGCGACGAUAAAAGAUGGCGCGACGUCGUCAAAGUCGCUCGCGACAUGUGCGACGCGGGCGAGCUCGACGCCAGGGCGCACGCCAGCGUCGUCCACUCCGUCGCCGCCGCCGUGGACGCCGGCGCGGUGGAGAUGACGUCCACGGGCGUGUACGACCUGCUGACGUCGCUGGAGCGGAAAACGCCGGACGCGUUGGAGAAGCAUUCGACUGGCGUGGAGGUGGCGAAUUUGCUGUGGGGGUUCGCCAAGAUCGGGUGGCAGCCGUCGCGGGCGACGUGGGAGGCGACCGAGCGUUCAGUCGUGAGGGCCGCGCGGAAUGGGGAGAUGAACGCGGUGGAGACGUCGAACGUGGCGUGGGCGUGCGCGACGCUGGGGUGGGAACUGACGGAUGACGCGUGGCGCGCGCUGGACCUCUCGGCGGCUAACUGCGCGGGAACGAUGACCCCGCAGGGCGUCGGCAACUCGCUCUGGGCCUACGCCACGUCGGGUAGGUUACCCGCGGAGGCGACGCUGAGGGCGCUGGAGGCGGCGAUCGUGAGGGUGGAACCCGAGCUGUCGAUCAGGGACCAGGCGGUGGCGUGGUGGUCGUUCGCGCAACUCGGCUCGGUGCCUUCGGAUCGAUGCGCGAGGUCACUGGAGCGGGCGACGCGGCGACUUGCGAGGUCGAUGAACGCGAGGGACGUGUGCAACGUCGCGUGGGCGCUGUCCACGCUCUCGCCCGGGCUCGUGCCGAGCGUAGAGACUUUGCGGGCGCUGGCUCAGGCUGAGCGCCGGCUGGCUCCCGCCAUGACGCCGUCGGACGUGGCGGGGGUGAUGAUGGGGUACGCGCUCAACGACGUCCGGCGCGAGGGCCUCCUCGCCAUCUCUGGCGACGACACCUGGCGCGCGCUCGAAGCCGCCGCGGUGCGAUGCGCCCCGGCCAUGGACGCCGCGCACCUCGGCGGCGUCAUGUACUGCUACGCCGCGUGCGGGCGACGCGCGAGUUCAAACUCGUGGGCGGUGCUGGAGCGCGCCGUCGUCGCCGUCGCGCCAUCCGCGGACGCCUCGCACGUCGCUCACGUCGUGUACGCCUACGCCCGGCUCGGUGUGGUUCCCGGAAGGGACGCGUUUGACGCUCUCGACGCGGCGGCGGCGCGGACGGCGGGAUCGAUGAGCGCGAGGAACGUGGCGAACGCGCUGUGGUCGUUCCUGGCGCUGGCGGCGACCCGCGGCGCGCCCUUACCGCGGUGCUACGGGGCACUGUGGCGCGCGGCUGGCGAGCUGGACACGCGCGCGAUGCUCGACGUCAACUGGUGCAACUUUUUCCACGCGUACCUGAUACACGCGGAGCUCAUCGGCGUGAGCGCGGUUGGGAAGAAGGGCGUCGGGGUGGACGUGGUGCUGGACAGGCCGGACGCGGCGGCGCUCGUGGACGGCGCGAGGCACUUCCCGCCGUGGCUCGCCGUCGACGCGGAGGAGGCGUGGACCCGGAACGCGUUCGAGGAGGUGGAGGUGUCGAGCGGUCACCGCGAGGUUGCGGAGGCGCUCGCGUACCUCGGAAUCGGGCACGAGAUGGAGUGCCUCACCGACGACGAGUACUUCUCCCUGGACCUGUACGUCCCGGCGCACGACUGCGCGAUCGAGGUUGACGGACCGACGCACUUCGUGGAUGAGAUUGUCGUCUUGGAAACCGGCGACGUGGGUCGGGUCACGCGGCGGACGACGGCGACGGAGCUGCGGGACAUGUUCCUGCGCAAGAGGCACGGGAGGGUGGUGACGAUGCCGUGGUUCGAGCUGGACGAGUGCGACACGCGGGAGGAGAGGGCGGCGUACGUCGCGGGCAAGCUCAGGGCGGCGGGUAUCGAACUGUGA